AUGCUACAGCCUUGCACUUCGCAAAAUGAUGAUCUGGCCUUUUUACCUCGGGAUAUCUUCUGGUUAAUCAUCGACUAUUUGGCCCCUACAGAUCUCGUCCGUUGUCGCCGUGUUUCUCGGUCAUGGAACGAAGCAUUCGGCAAUCCGGCCAUCUUGGUCCCACUCAUGAAAAGACACUUUCCUUGGACAGAUGAAGUCAAAACACUACCUGAUAGCUUAGAGUCAAAAAGCUGCAGGGCUCGCCAUCUUUUUGAUCAAGUCACUGCGCGAUAUCACCAUUUGGAACACGGGAAGCCCCGUUCCAUACAAAAGUACCGCCUGUGUGACGACUUCGGAGGUGCAGGGGACCGGGAAUGGUACCAGGUGCAGCCAUGGGAGUCGCACGCGAGUCAUAUCAGGCAAACUGUGGACCGCCAGUUCUCCGAGGCGCUGUGGACACACGAAGAUGGACUACUAGUCUACCCCAGUGCCCAUCACCAAUGCCUGGUGCUGAUGGACUUAAGCAAUGACCGAAGCUUCAUGGUUCCUUUCAUCAUUUGCGGAAGAGUAGUCCGUAGAGUUCGAUUGCAGAAACGGCUGUUGGUUAUCGAAUGGGCAGAGCCGAAAGCAUUCCACUGGCUGAACGACAGUGAUGGUGUGCAUCGCCAUUAUGCAUCAUCAUUCGACCUGAAGCGAAAAUCUGAUGAUGGCUGGAAUAUCAUCCCUCGCAACCAGUGGAAGAUCAUGUUUUUGGGACAUCCGCUCAGUGAAAGAGAUCGAUUCUUCUCUGCGCAUAGUGACACCUAUUACGUGAUCUAUAUCUGGCAGCCCAACCGCAGCCUAUACACUGCAGACGAAGAUGCUCCUAUUGAGUCAUUGUUUGUGUGGGAUAUUUCCAAGACAUCUUCAUAUCAGCCAUCACUAGACCCUACGGGACGCCAAACAGGUCCAGAUGUCGACCAGUCUCCAUCCAUCGUGGCUCGGUUUGGUUUCCGGGACCUCGAAUUCUUCGGCGUGCGCCAACGCGGUUGCCCAAGUAUUCAGCGACUCGAAGUCACCGACGAUGGUGAAUCAAUCAUAAUAACAGAAAACCUCAACACCUGGCUAACAUCUCCUGACCCUCUUGGUCUCCCUCUGGCCAUAAGAACCAGCAUUCCAUUGAAGGGGUAUGGUCCUCAUUGGCGACAAGAAAGUAACAUCCUCGUGCCACCCUACCGCGGUAACUGCAGUCUACAGACAACGCCCGUGAGCGCUAUGGCUUUGUUUGUCGAUAGCUGGUAUGGUAUUCUUGCACAAGUGACAGAUCCGAAUGCCGGGCUCAGUUUCUGUUUGCAUUUCGAUCCUGUUCAGUGGGAUUCAGAUGCAAGAGAUAAUGAACAUAAGGACCAGACUAUAAAGUUGUCUACGCAGACCAUGCAUACUAAGGUGAUCAAGGAGAAUCAAGAUUUCGCCGGCCGAGGGAAGAUAAGUGGUUGUGAGAGAUAUCUAGUAGGGGAGAAUCGUAAUAGGGAACUGGUUAUCUAUAGAUUUGAUCGAUGA